AUGGCGACGUCGGCGUCUGUGUAUAACUACGAGCGUACGACGCGUCAGAUUCUUAAGCGACACAGAAAAGAUCCGGCUAGCUUUAUCCUACACUUACACCCCCAGUUCAUGCGCUUUGAGAAGCAGGAUGGCUACUUUUUGUUGGAAUCACGCACCACCGACUUUCUUGACUAUCUCUGCAGACAAAUUAUACCCGUGGAUUUGAUGGACGUUUUUCAACAAGCCGGUGUACCGUUCUUCGAGGGAUGCUUGAUCGUCGAGGUACACGAUCAUCGCAAACCUUGUCCUGGCUCGGGCACCAGCUUGAACCAUUUUGGCCCAGACGGUCGUCGUCUGUAUCCUUCAAAUACAUCCCUGUAUUAUUUACGUGAAGGCGGUCGCUAUGGCACGCAAGCCAACAAUGGUGCUUGUCGUUUUCUGUCAUUGAAAGAUGAAACAAGUCCUAGUCCCGAAGGCGUGGAAAUCUACCGCAUGAUCCUUCGGUCCUCAGAUGAAACCAUCUGGAAUGACCUGCGCAUGAUGGAUAUCAAGGCUGGUGGGGUAUGGAGCGAUGAAGAUGCCCUGCGGAUUGAAUCACAGAUCUUACAUCUCACCGCCCCGCCUUUGUGCCUCACGCCAGACUCACAUGUAACUCGUAUCGCUAAUACCAUGCUCAGCAGUACCAUGCCAUCUGCAUUCCACGCCGGUAGUGCUUCAAGGCCGCAUAGUCGAGUGGACAGGGCUACUGGCCACAAACUCAACAGUGUCGAACUCGAGCAAGUCGAGAAUCGAGACGCCCGAAGGCUGCAAAUCAUGAAUAUGAUGAGGCAUGGAUGGUCAUCAACUACUCAGAAUGAUCUGCCAGGCGAGUCCAAGGCGGGCAUGUCUAGGUCUUCUUGCCUUGAGACUCUAAGGAAGAUGCGUCAAAACUACGCCGAGACUGCACAGGAAGGGCCAACCGUCGUGCCUGUCACGCAAAAUAUAUCUGACAAGUCUGAAGCGAAGAAGAUACCCGCUGCUACACGCAAAAAGCGCAGCAAAGGUAAUGACGAAUCUAAUACGCCCGAUACCAAAAAUGCUGCUGCUUCUUCAACGGAAGCACAGCGAGUGCGUACGAAACGUCGCAAAAAGGACGCAUCUCCUGUUGAAGACAAAACUAAAUCCAAGUCCGAUAUGUCCCCUGCUAGGGCAGAGUCCAAAACACCAUCUUCGCCAUUUAUACCGGGUCCCUCAGACUCAAACAACCUAUCCAAUACCAGUGUGUCUACUAUUUUGUCUCCUACAUCUAAAGGCAAGUCCAGCCCACUUGUCCUGCCUGGUGGGACUGAAUUGAACAAAACACCCAAAAUAACGAAUUCUCCCAUCUUACCCUCAGGCAAAGUGAAGCCAACGUUCUCGUCCGGCUUAUUCAAUUCAUGGAACCAGCAAAACAGCUAG